AGACCCCAUACAUCCCAGAAUUCUUAGAGGCAACGUUAGUGAGAAGCAGUGAACGUAAACAAAGCCAGCAACACAGCUGGGUCCCAUUUUUAUUGCUACCCAAGUCCUGUCUGCCUGAUAAAAUGGUCAACGUACUCAAGGGUGUCCUUGUUGAAUGUGACCCGGCCAUGAAGCAGUUUCUACUGUACCUAGAUGAAACGUCAGCCCUGGGAAAGAAAUUCAUCAUCCAGGACCUGGACGACACGCACGUGUUUAUCUUGGCUGAGGUGGUCCAUAUCCUCCAGGAGAGGGUGGGAGAGCUCAUGGACCAGAACUCUUUCCCCGUCACCCAGAAGUAAAGGAGAGCAGAAAACUGUGCUCGUCUAGAAUUAAGGACAAUGUACCUUUGACAGCCAGUCUUUGCUGACUGGACGGAUCUUGUGAAUUGAUUACAUUGUUUGCAGCAAAUUCACUAUUUAUAUUGGGUUAAGAAACACCCUUUAGAUAUAAAAACAUUGAACAGCAUUAUCCUUUACAUGCAUUACAUAUUUGCAUUGCUGUCAGCACAUGUAUCAGUGGUAGGAGAGUUUUUAUUGGGAUUUACGACUCGAUAGGUUUGUUCAUAUAAUUGAUCCAGUGUGGAUGUAAUUUUUUUCUGCAUAAAACAAAUACGCUUUGAUGGUUGUGAGAUGUACUCACCAGUAGAGUGAAGAUGCAACCAGUGUUCACUGUUCUCUUGGUGUGUUGUAAGUGCUGACUUUAAUACAUAACUCUUUGGCUUUUCAAAAACGUGGAAUAAACUUUUGAUAUGCUUGUA